AGGACAGAUAUACGGAGGCUGUCUACAGAGCGCUUGGAGAAAUAACGAUCAGACUGAUACGCUUCACUAAGGCAUGAGAUUUGCGUAAGGCAGCAUCUUCAGAAGGAUUCUGCUCAAGUGCCACCUUUUGUUCUGAGAGAAGUUUUAUAAAGUAUAAAUUGUGACAUAUCGAUUACAAUGGGCUCCAAAAAGCACCGUUCAAAGACUUCAGCGUCUUCACACAACCCGAGCUGCUCUCCAAUGGGACUUUCACUGUUGAUUCUUCUACCUUUGUCUGUUGCCUUCAACUUGGAUGUGGAGAACCCAGCGGUGUAUACCGGACCGAACGGUAGUUACUUCGGGUACACGGUGGACUUUUACAUGACUGACUCAAGUGUGAGUAUUAUAGUUGGAGCACCCAAAGCCAACACCAGCCAGCCCAACAUCAGAGAAGGAGGAUCAGUCUUCUACUGUCCAUGGAGCCUCAGCCAAUCACAAUGCAGCAGCAUAGAGUUUGAUAGACAGGGGCUGCUGGUUUUCCUGCGUGACUCUUUAGGCCUCUUUACUUUGGCGAGCGAGCGAGGGAAAGACGGAGAGGAAAAGAAAGAGAAAACCAUCACCCUGGAGGAGACCAAACUCCAUCAGUGGUUUGGAGCAACAGUACGAGUGCAUGAAGAUAGUGUGCUGGCUUGCGCCCCCCUCUACUCAUGGAGAGCCAAGGAGGACACACCUCAUGCUGAUACUACUGGCUCAUGUUUUCUGUCCGUCAAAAACUUCACCAAGUUUGUGGAAUAUGCUCCGUGCCGCACAGAAUUCCAUGAAAGAAAAGGACAAGGCUACUGUCAAGGUGGAUUCAGUGCUGAUUUUACACAGGAAGGAAAGGUGGUGCUUGGAGGACCUGGCAGUUACUUCUGGCAAGGCCAAGUAAUCACUGCGGUUAAACAAGAAAUAGUCAAGGCCUAUUACCCAGGAUUCUUCUUGACAUCAGUGAAUGGCCAGAUUCAGACCAAACAGAAAAAAGAGAUCACAUUUGAUGACAACUACAUGGGUUACUCAGUGGCUGUGGGUGAGUUCAGUGGUGAUGAUGAUGAAGACUUUGUGACUGGAGUUCCCAGGGGAGUCAGACUGCAUGGACAGGUUUCCAUUCUCAAUGGUUCUCUGGAUACGCUGAAGACCUUCACUGGUGAGCAGAUGGGUUCCUACUAUGGCUAUGCGGUGGCUGCUACUGACAUAAACAAUGAUGGGAUGACGGACCUGCUAGUUGGGGCUCCCAUGUUCAUGGUUCGUGACUCUGAUGGGAGGUUGGAGGAGUUGGGUCGGGUCUACGUGUACAUGCAGAAUGAACCUCUGGAUCUCACACCUCAGCUACCUCACCUCACCGGCACACAGAUGUUCGGGCGGUUUGGCAGCUCCAUUACCCCUCUCGGAGACCUCAACCAAGAUGGUUACAACGAUGUGGCCAUCAGUUGUCCGUUUGGUGGGGAAAACAAACAAGGACUGGUGCUCAUCUAUAACGGACAUGCUGGAGGACUCAGGGAAAAGCCCUCUCAGGUGAUUGCUGGCCAAUGGGCCUCUGCCGCAACAUCAGCUCUACCUGCCAGCUUUGGUUACGCCCUUCGUGGAGGCAAAGAUCUGGAUAACAAUGGCUACCCAGAUCUUAUUGUUGGCGCAUUUGGUGCAGACGCUGCAGUUCUUUACAGGUCUCGUCCUAUUGUGAACACUAGUGCCACCUUGACUGUCAAUCCAACUAUGAUUAAUCCUGAGGAGAAAGUUUGCACCAUAAGCCAUGGGAACGAAACCCUGCAUGUGUCCUGUGUCAACCUGAGCUUUUGCCUCUCAGCCAAUGGGAAGCACCUACCAAAUCAUCUCGAGUUUAACGUUGAAGUUCAGCUGGACCGUCUGAAGCAGCAGCAGAAAGGGGCUGCACGUAGAGCUCUGUUUUUAGACACCCAGCUUCCCGCUCUGCAGAGGACUCUGACUGUGCCAAAUGGAGCCAGAGUCUGCAGUGACACCAAGAUCUACUUGCGGGAUGAGAAGGACUUCAGGGAUAAGCUGUCACCUAUCUUCGUUGCGCUCAACUUCAGCCUGAACCCUCAAGCCGCGGCAGACAGAUACGGUCUGCGGCCCAUCCUCAACUACCAAACAGCAGAGCUCAUCGAACAGAAAGCCCAGAUUUUAUUGGACUGCGGAGAGGACAACAUCUGCGUCCCUGACCUGAAACUCUCUGUGCAUGGGGACAGGAAGGAAGUGUACAUGGGCGAUGACAACUCUCUGACACUGACUUUCAACGCAAAGAACGAUGGAGGCGGAGCGUACGAAGCCGAGCUGUUUGUGGUCUUGCCACCAGAGGCCGACUACAGCGGAAUAGCCCGCAAUAAUGAGAGCCUGGCCCAACUGACCUGCAGUUAUGAGACGGAAAAUCAGACCCGCUACCUCAGCUGUGACCUGGGGAACCCCAUGAAAUCAGGCACCAGUUUAUGGGCUGGACUGCGAUUCACAGUACCACGUCUCAAGGACACACACAAAUUUGUGCAGUUUGACCUACAGAUACGUAGUAAGAAUGAGAAUAACUCCCAGAGUGAAGUGGUUCCCUACAAGUUGGAGGUGGUGGUCCGGUCUGAUGUUAUUCUACAGGGUGUCUCCCGACCAGACAAGGUCUUCUUUCCUCCACCGAACUGGAAGUUGACCAAGAAUGUGAUGGUUGAACAGGAUGUCGGACCCUCCGUCCAGCACACUUACGAGUUGGUGAACAACGGGCCGAGCCGCAUCAGUCACACUCUACUGCAGCUCAAAUGCCCCAUGAGGCUUCAAAGUAACAGGUUCAUUUACCCGCUGGAGGUCACGACGGAGGGCCCUGUUAACUGCACCACCCACAACAUAGUCAACCCCCUGAACCUCAAGCUCCAGCAGUCUUCUACCGACCAGCCUCCUUUACGAGAUGCGGUACACAAACACCACAUUGAGAAGAGGGAAGCGCACAAGGGCGAGCUGUCUCAGCUGACCAAUCUGUCUUGCUCCAGUGUGGAUUGCUGGACUCUAAAGUGUAACGUUGGCCUGCUGGAGAGAGGGACUAGUGCCAUACUGCAUGUUCGCUCACGGAUCUGGGCAGAAACAUUCAUGGAGAAUCCUUAUAAAAACUUUAUUCUGGAGUGCCUUGCUAGUUACAAAGUGGAAAAGAUGCCAUAUGCCAUUUUGCCAAAAGUGACUCCUAGUGGUGCUAAAAAGAUGGUCACUCCUGUGGUCUGGAAUAAGCCAGACAGUACGUAUGCUGUUCCUCUGUGGAUCAUCAUUCUGGCUAUUCUGGCCGGUCUUCUGCUGCUCGCACUGCUGAUCUACGUCCUCUACAAGCUCGGCUUCUUCAAGAGAACUCCGUACGGCACGGCCAUGGAAAAAGCCCAGCUCAAACCUCAGGCUGCAUCCGAGGCCUAAACUACACAAGAGCAUUCAGAAAACACGUCCCGAAGAAUGUUCUUAACCAGAGGCCAUCCAAAGAGAGGUUACUUGCUGUUUAAAAAACAAACAAACAAAGACUAGACUGCAGUAAAGGAAUACGGAGGAAAGAUCACUGGAUCUUCACUGUACUGCACUAGAUCACGAGACCCUGAGGACUUAAAGCCAAAUGAAUGUUGACAUUGUUUCUUUUAUGUUAUCGUUUUUGCUUGAUGUGGGUUUAACCACCACCUAUAGCCUACCACUCACAAACAGAUCUUAACCAAAGCUCAGGAUCACUUGUCUUGCCUGGCAACCUGCUAAAGGAAAAAAUGGCAGCAAAUCUACGGAUUUUGCCCAAGACCGACACAAUCUGCACUAAUAUUAAGAGUAACAUUUAUGAUGUUUGAAUUUUUAAGUUUCUUUCAGUUUUUUCUUCUUAGUCCGCAGCUGCUCAUGUGUUUCAGAUGGUUAAACAGCAUCUGCAGUAUAGCAUUUUACAUUUUUAGCGUGUAGGUUUACACAAAAAAAAUCUUCUAUGCAGUAUUUCACAACCAACCAAAGAUAUUGAUACAGGUUUUGCUCAUUUAUUGUGCUUUGCGAGUGAAAAUGAGGUAGUCGGAUACCUCACCGUGGACCCUCAUCUCCAGUUUCCUGCUGUCUUUUUUCUUUUUCUUUUUAUGAAGAUGUUUUAAAUGUUUUUUUGUUUUGUGCUUUCUAAUAGAAUGGGUUUUCACUUCAAAUGAGAUGUUUUCAGCUCAGUCUCCUUUGUGUCUUUCGAAGAAAGCAAGCCAGGUUGGUUUCACUCUCAGGUGAUGCCGUGGAAAAAUUUCUGCGGAAAACAUUGUCAGGAUCCUUCGCGGAAGGCGAUCGUUCUUCCCUACUGAAUGUCAGCCAUUUCUGUCCUGUUAUCGUAGUAGUAACAAGCGACAACGUUGCCUUAAAAGUCAUCUGGGACUCAACUGGAUCAGCUCCGAGUCUGUGAAACCUCGCCGAUGCCUUGAAGCAGAGCUGUGCUUUGCCGUUACGCUAACAGACUCUUGGGUCAAAGAGCGGAAGGGUCGUCCCUCCAAAUUUCUGUGGGUGAACAGAGAACCACUGUGGGCUUAGAAGGAGAUUUCUGCAAAGUCCAUUUGUCGGUGCAAAAUGAACGGACUCUCAGACUGAAAGCAAACCUCUUCCAAGGCAGCAUGCCUCAUCCAUCCACUGAAUGUUGAAAUACACCUGUAUACUUUUUGUUUUGUCUUUUUCGUAUGCGUGUUUUUGUGAUCAUCUGCUUGUGUGCGAUUGGAUGUGAAGAUAUGAGAGUUUUUUUUGGUGUUAUGGAGUGCCACAGUCAGUGUAGAAAUGCCUCCGUACAUCAUGGUGCUGAAGUGGCCGAAUCAGACAGGAUGUAACGGCAAUCACCCAUCGUGAAACUCCUGUUUCAGUGAGCCACCUAGAAAGGGAAAGCAGCUGGAACUGUGGGAUGUGUAGGAAAUCAGUAUGGAAGUGCAAUAUUGUUGUAUUUUGUUUUCAACUUUUUUUUGUC